GUCUCAUCAGCUGUGGAGUCAGUGGAGCUGCCUACUAUUUUUAUAGUUCUUGAGCGACACCUUCAGCAGCUGUGAAAGGUAGAGAAUGUUCCUCCCAAGCACUGUGACAACGCUGGCAGUUGUAUUGUUGUCAGUGGGUGUCAGGCCCUCCGAGGGACGUCUAGAACUCGUCAACAACGGGUAUGAGGACCUCGUGGUGGCCAUAUCGCCUUCAGUAAACGAAUCUAAUGCAUUGGAUAUUAUCGAGGCUAUAAAGCGAACCGUUAUUGAGGCUUCUGCCGUCCUGUUCAAGGCAACCCACCAAAGAACUUACUUCAAAGAUGUCAAAAUCCUCCUGCCGAUAACCUGGACCAGCACGACCUACGAUCAGAUAGCUUUUAAUCAACACUUUCAAAGUAGCGAGAUUCGAGUGGACGUGAGUAAUGCAGUAUAUGGUGACCAGCCAUAUACCGACCAACCAGGCGGCUGCGGUGCUCCCGGCCGGUACAUUCACUUCACUCCCGAGUACUUACUCAAUGACGACGAAGCUGCUUGGUGGGGCCUUCGUCCCAAGACCCUAGUGCACGAAUGGGCCAAGCUGAGGUGGGGAGUCUUCGCUGAGAUCGGUUACCCUAACGACCCGACAGCCCCGCCCUUCUUCUGGAAUUCUUCUGAAGUUAACGGCACAGAGAACGUCAGUCCGACGUACUGCGCAAACCGGGAGUUGUCAGGAGAGCUGAGGUGUGACGCCAACUGCCGCUUCCUCCCCAACGCCACUCAGGAAGCCUCGUCCUCUCUCAUGGGAUAUCAUCACAUAGAGAAUAUCGUGGAAUUCUGCGACUCCGACAGCGCCAGCAACUUCUCCCACGAUGCCCUGGCGCCGAGCAGACACAACCUGAUGUGCGAAGGGCGGUCCGCCUGGGACGUCAUGGCCCUCCAUCCCGACUUCGACGAAGGGGCGAAUCCUCCCGCCACUUCUUCCUCUCCGACGAAGGUCACGGUCCUGCGCCAGGAAGUCGUCAAGAUCGCGCUCGUCCUCGACUACUCCAACGGCAUGAGUAACUCACAGAGGAUUCAGAAACUCCAGAGAGCCGUCAAGCGCUGGAUCCUCUACGAAGCGCCGGACGGGAUCUACCUCGGCAUCAUCAAAUUCUGGGAGAGCGUCGAUCCAUCUGCUCAACUGACGCAGAUCACUAGCCAGUCUCGCAGGGACCUCGCUAGCCACAUAGACACUUUGCUGAACUAUGGGACUAGUAUCGGUGCUGGCCUUGAGGCAGCUAUUAAUGAUGUUCUGAAGGAUCAAAACAACCCCGUUAUUCUUGUGGUUAGCGGAAGUCCUGAGAAUCGGUAUCCUUAUAUUAACGACAUACUCAGCAAAGUUGUUAAAUCCGGAGCCAGAGUUGUAACAGUAGCAUUAGGAAACGAAGCCGAGAUCAAACUCCAGACCCUGGCAUCGGCUACGGGAGGAAAGGCGUUCGCGGUUUCGGACGAUGACGAAGGCGAGGCGCUUGACGAGGCGCUGCUGGGGGCCUUGGCGUACCAGCCGGAGGACAGUCUCAAGGACGUUCAAGUGAAGCUACAUGGCUGUACUCGCCACGCCGUAAACGAAACAGUCACCGAAUCCUUCACAGUCGACGCUUCAGUGGGGCGCAAGCUGGAGUUCCGGCUCGACACAGACAGGGCAGUCGACUUCUCAGAACGCCCGCACCUGAUACGACCCAACGGCACUCGCAUCAACGCCAUAACCACUGACGGUGUCCUGUGGGCCGUCUCUCUACCGGUGGCCGAGGUUGGAUUGUGGACUUGGCGUCUUACUUUGCCCGCCUACGAAAACUGUUACAUCCACGUCAGUGUUACGGCCACAGGAAGGGAACCAGAGACGUUACCCAUCAUUUCUCGUGCUUGGUUAAACGUAGGGCCGUAUGGUGUGGACAUCCCAAACAACCCUGUUAUUGUGUACGCGGAAAUUAAACAAGGAAACAACCCCGUCGUUGAUGCCAGAGUCAGAGCGACCGUCACGCAGCCAAAGGAAGACCUUGACGCAGUGGAGUUUGACCUUCUCGACAACGGCCAAGGCGCAGACACUCAGGCGGGAGAUGGAGUCUAUUCACGAUACUACACUGUGUACCCAGAUGCCGGCAGGUACUCCGUCGAGGUCCAGGUGUGGGGCGACGAUUACACCUUCGUCAAUAAUGGCUCUGAAAAGUCGAGUCAACAAGUUCUCAAAACGCCCACGUACUGCUGCGGGAGUGUCGUGCCCUCAGACCCUGAACAUGGUGUCUCAACGGGAAAUUUUAGUCGAACCGCAGCUGCUGGUGCAUUCCAGGUUUUAGCUGCCCUUCCUGCAGGUGACCUGUUCCCCCCCUCCCGCGUCACGGACCUACAGGCCAGCGCCACACCGCUCUUCCUCGACCUCACCUGGACUGCUCCCGGAGACGACCUCGACGCGGGCGUAGUUGCCGGCUACGAGAUUCGCCUCAGCCAGAACCGCAGUGACCUCGAGGACGAUAGCUUCGACGCCGGAGGGAACGAGACUCUCCUCUUGACGCUGGAGGAGUCGGCGAACAUGCCGGAUUUGCUCCUCGAAGCCGGUCAGAAGGUGGCUCUCAAUCUUACCCUCGAACACGAACUGGGGAGCAACAGGACUUACUUUGUUGGUAUUCGUGCAGAGGACGACGCCGGGUUGGUUAGCGCGGUGUCGAACCACGUGGCCGUAGUGAGCCUCGAAUUCCCGGCUCCCGCCACGCCUCCUUCGAGCCCACACCUGCCGGCGUGGGCCAUCGCCCUCAUAGUCUGCGCCUCGCUCGUUGCCGUAGGAUUGGUGGCUGGAGGCGUCGUCUAUGCCCGGAAGAGGAGAAAACGGACUGAAGACGACUCUAUGUAUCCGGUUGGAUUCCGAGGUGCAGAGAACGAUGUUUGGUAGGAAUGUUACAAUGUGUUUAUUAGUGUGAAUACGACAGCCCUCUCUCUGCUUCUGCGGCCAAGAGCUAUGUAAGUAUUUAUGUAGACCCUGUCUCCGGCCAACCAUUUGUGCUGGAAAUGUGUGUCCCAUCUACCAAUUGGAAACAGGAAUACUUACACUAGUUUCAUAUUCAACAUUAUUAUCACCUGCUCAUCAAUGGGAGACAGCAUUCGCUUCAAGGUCACUAAAUAUAUCCGUUCUUUUUUAAUUCAGAAACCUUUGCUUUUCAUAUCAUAUGACUUCUUAAAACAGCAAAGUAAAACAUAUAAUCCACGUAACUGAUUGCUGUUCCCUUUUGAGCGAAAUGAACUUAUCUUGAAUGUCGCAGCCAAGUUACCACGCCACUUGAAAGUCUCUCUUGCAAAUGACGAACAUCACGAACAUCACUCUAAAUAGCCAACCUGUGAUGCAAUCAAAACUGCACAGCUUUUUGGUUAACGACUACUUCGAAAUAUGAUCUAGACCUAGUAUUUCAUCCUCCUCCUAUAAAAGUGUACUCGUUUCAUCCCAGAUAAAGCUUACUAAGCUUAUUGUCUACACCAGCUGAGACUAUGUCAUAUUUCUCGUGUGUAGUAAAACUCUAAACUCUCCUCCGGGUAGCUUGAUAGCAAAACCCGUUCCAGUUUUAAGCUGGUGCGUGUGCGGGCACAUAAUAUCCAAUAUUACCUCGAUAUCUAGUCAGUGUACCCGCGUGCCUUGACCCGGAAUUCCUCCACUUACCACGACGAAAUUUAGAGUGACGAUGUAUUCUGCCGGCGGCUGUUAACGAUGGCGAGAAAAAGAAAACGGCAGGCGACUCCAAGAACCAGAAAAAAUCAACCCAUCCUUAAAAAUUACCAGAAUUCUCCUUCGUAUUCAAGACCUUGUACUACUAGAAACCGAUUUCAUGUUGAAUUUAAAGGUUCUCUGGUGCAAUUCGUGUAUCAUUAUUGUUAUAUGGUCUAGGCGAAUGCAGUCUUCAUAACCAUAAUUACAGAGUUAAUUGCAAAAAACAGAAAUCCAGACAGUCGCAUUUAUAGACUAAGGUGACUGAAAGUUCAUAUCAUCAUAUUUUUUCUUUUGUUUACUUUUUAUCUAUUAUUUUAUUUAUUUAUGUGUGUUUAUGCCCGUUAAAGUGUUUUCGUCUUUAUAAUUAGCUAUCUUUAUGGUAAACUUGCAAAUUGCGUUUUUGACAUAUGUGAUGUACAGUAUAGUAUAAUCGAUUUUGUACUAAAUAUAGAUGUAUUUAUAUAAAUAUGUGUUUAUGUGUAUUUAGGUAUACAUAGUAUAUAUGUAUAGUAUGUAAAUAAAACUAUCUACAUUAAAAAUCACCCGUA